CGCUGUUCUAUUGACAUCUGAGCUGGUUCGAUGUUGUUGAAGCUGCAGAAUUAGUUUAAUUUAACAAAGUUGAGUUAAAUAUUAACAUUCACAUUAAUAUAAACAUCCAGCGACGUCACUUACCUUCAGGACAAUGGUUCAAAUCGUCAUCAGAGGCAGUGUGGACGGCAGCAGUCCUCCGGAGUGGCUGCUGGUGGAGCUUCAGGGAGAGAUGGUGUCCAGACACAACUCCGGCCUGGCAGGAAAUGUGAUGGGAGACCUGCUCUACACCAAAGAGGGGGUGCCAGUGCUGAUCGUGGGACAUCACAUCCUGUACGGGAAGCAGGUCAAACUGGAGAAAGUCUUCGCGGUCCUCUCAAAGCGUUCUGACCCCGAGCAGGACGGAGGCGAGGACGAUGUCUCACAGGUUCCGAUGGAGACGGACCAGCAGGGCUCCGGCUCCAAGUCGUACCACGUGACAGCCGUCAUCAAACGGAAACUGAUCUUCAAGACUCGCCCCAAACCCAUCAUCACCAAUGUGCCCAAGAAGGUGUAGAGUCACAGGGUCAGAGGUCAAGAGACUGGACCCUAUGACCUUCAUGGAACUGAUCAGGACUGAACCCUGUGUUGACCUCUGACCUGAUUCCAACGAGAGACUUUUAAAGAGACUCGGACAAGUUUACUGAGAUUCUUGGAGAAUCAAAAGCUGUUUGAAAGGUUUGAAAAGAAAUUAUUCUAAAUAAAUUUGUUAUAAAACAAAGAAUUCCACAGGACGAAUUGAUAAAUUGUUAUAUAGUUGUUAUAUUUUCAUUUGCUUUUGUUUCUUGCGUCUGUUCAUUUGCAGGAUUUCACAAAAACUACACAAUCAAUUACCACGGAACUUGGUGAGAGGAUGUGGGAGGAGUCAGAAAUCAUGUAUUACAUUUUCUCUUUAACAUUUUGGGACUUUUUUUUCAACAUUGUCCUUAUUUCCUCAGCGAAACAUUACGGGUAUCUUGUAGAAAUAAUCUGAAAUAUUCAGAGAACUGAUACAAGUGUGUGUAAUUUGGUGCAAAAAAAUCACAAAAAGGCCAUUGGAAGUCUUGGAAUGGAAAAACAUAAAUACAACAAAAUGUGCGUCAGUCCAACAGAUGAAGGAGAUCUGCUCACCUCUGUUUCUGCUGCUUCCAGACCAGUAGAGUAAAUGUUUGAUCAUUGAGGUUCUGUUUCCUAACAGCUCAGUCAAGGUGAUUAAUAAACAUCAGGGAUAUAAAUCACAGGCUGCACAGGCCCCCCCCCACCCCGUCCCUCCACAUCACAACAUUAUACAUGACGGAGUCCUAUAAUAAAAAUGUUUCAUUUUGGCAUUAAAGUAAAUCUGAGGAUUCAAACUAUAUUGUUGUAAGUGAUGGCACAGAUGAAAAAAAACAAGAAAUAUAUAUAAUCUUCUUUCAAAUGAGCAAAAGCAUCAUAAUUUCCUUUCAGUAUAAAACACUCCAGGUUCCUUUC